CGGCAGCCAUUAUCCAAACCAAACCCCAAAAGACCAAAGCUUUCCUCCCUACGCGCAGCAGCGAGACGCCGCCCGCCGGGAAUGGCGUCCGCCGCCUCCAUGCUCAGCGCCGCGUCGCUGCCCCUCUCCCCGCUCGCUUCCCUCCUCCCGUCACGCCCCACCACCGCCUCCUUCGCUCCCCCGCGGCGCGCCGCCGCCGUACCGGUGCGCGCGGCGGCGGCGGCGUCCAACUCCCCGGCCGCUGCGGCCCCGAAGAAGAGGGCGGCCACCGGCCUGACGAAGCCCCGCCCCGUGUCCCCGGCGCUGCAGGCGGUGGUGGGAGCCGCGGAGAUCCCCCGCACCGAGGCCCUCAAGCGCCUCUGGGCCUACAUCAAGCAGCACAACCUCCAGGAUCCUGCGGAUAAGAAGGUGAUCGUGUGUGAUGACAAGCUGAAGGUCCUAUUUGGCCAAGAGCGUGUGGGAUUCCUUGAGGUCGCCAAGCUUCUCAACCCACACUUUGUGAAGUGACUGCCCUCUUCAGUGGAGUUGAGUCAGCCUAGAUGGUUUCUACUGAUCCUGAAGGAUGUGUAGGUUGGUUUUGUUGGCCUGAGUUAACUCGACUUCGUAGGUUUGUUUACCUAGCUCUCUGGAGACAAUUGUAGUGUGCCUCUGGCAGUAGUAACACCAGUACUACCUACCUUCUUAGCCACUUUUAAGUACGUGUGCAUGUUUAUGUAUUACCAAGUGGAUUUGUGUUCUGGAUCUAAGCUUGACAAGCUCAGCCCCACUUCAGAGUUCAUGCUGAUGCAUAUGCUGGCACCUCUGCCUUUGCAGUGGUAUGUUUGGGAAAAAAAUUACAUACCAG